CUGCGCUUAACCAGGAACAGCAAUGCCUCAUUCAUUCGGUCUCAGAGCUCGUACCCGUUACACUUUCCAACGUGGCUUCAGAGAGCAUGGUCAAAUUCGUUUGUCCACCUACUUGAAGACCUACAAGGUUGGUGAUAUUGUCGACAUUAAGGCCAAUGGUGCUGUCCAAAAGGGUAUGCCUCACAAGUACUACCAUGGUAAGACCGGUAUUGUUUACAACGUUACUCAAUCUUCCGUCGGUGUCUUGAUUUACAAGAUCGUUGGCAACCGUUAUAUGGAGAAGCGUGUCAACGUCCGUAUUGAACACGUUAAGCACUCUAAGUGCCGUCAAGAUUUCUUGAACCGCGUCAAAGCCAAUGAGGAAAAGCGUAAGGAGGCUAAGACUCAAGGUAAGACCGUCCAACUCCGCCGUCAACCUGCUCCUCCUGCCAAGGCUCACGUUGUCAGCAUUGAGAACAACAUGCCCGUCACUCUUCAUCCUGCUCCUUAUGAUACUUUCAUCUAGAUCAAAGAUUGCUGUUCCUUUCAGUUAUAUUAUAUUAUAUUUGAUGGAUUGAUCAGUCCAUGUGUAGUUUGAAGAAAGUAACUUGAAAGUAGAGUAUAUUUAUGUC